AUGUCCGGAAAGCUAUUCAAAAGCUGCAGACGAUGCAGACAGCAAAAGGUCCGCUGCGAUGCCCGCACCCACAUGCCGUGCUCGAGGUGUCGCACCGCCGGGUGCGACCACGAGUGCGUGCUGGACACCGUCAGCAGGCCGCGCCCAUCGGAGCGACGGCGGCAUGCAAACACUCCUCAUUCUCGCUUUAGCACGACUACGGCUGCUACUCCACAGAGCACCAUGUCCGUGUCGAGCAGCCACCUAGACAACCUCGAACUGCAGCAGUUCAGCCCGCAGGACAUGAUUGCGCCGCAGUCGGUGAUGCAUUCCAUGUCGGUGAAUCUCAGGGAGAGCUCGCCCAUCUUCCUGGGGGAGUCGGAUGUCGCAGAUUCCGGAGGUGACAUUAUUUCGCGCGGUAUCAUCCGUGAAGAGGAUGCGCGGUGCAUCUACGAAAGAUUCAUGAACUGCAGCAAAAAUUUCAUUCCUCUGUUUGAUCCCGUCAGAGAUACCUUUGACUCUAUCCGCUCGCGAUCGCUCUUCUGCUUCACCGUGAUUGUCUACCUGGCCAGCCGCGCAGCGACUGAUUUCCGUGGCAAUGUCCACCUCCAGCGCGUGCUCCAAGAUGAAGCUCAGCGGCUGGCAGAGGACUCUUUCUUUGCGAAGCCGACUAAAUUAGAGACUGUUCAAGGCAUGAUCCUUUUGGCGGCGUACUCGGAAAAGACCUGGUUUUCCACAGCCCUGAUUCUGCGCACGGCGUUGGAUCUAGGGCUUGAGAAGUCGCUGGAUACUCUGUUGGCCCAUAGCACGGCACCACGGAGCUACCUGUCGGCAAGCAUGGAAGACCGACAGCUUGUCUGGCAGACACGUACAUGGCUAAUUUCGUCUACGCUGGAGCUGGACGUUGCCAGUGGAACGGGUCGGAAGUCGCGUCUGGGAGAUGUUGACAUCUCCAAGCUGCGCAAGUUUCUAGAUUACCCUUUAUCGCUGCAUUGCGACCUGCGGACUGUUUCAAUCAUCGAGUAUCACCAGAUUCGGACCAGAGGCCGGCAGAUUAUUGAGAAUUCCACUGCGGCUCAGAUUAUAUCGACGGAACUGCCGGCGAUUAUGCGGAAACUGAACCAGUGGUGGAAGGAGUGGGACGAGUUGCACCAUCAAAACGCUUUCCAUCCCGGUGCGUUUCAGCGCUCGUCUUUGAAGUUGAUGCUCAACUACGCCAAGGUAUUCACGUACUGUGUGACUAUAGCUAGGAUACAGAAGCUGCAGCAGACACCAGAAGGCGCCCAAGGCGUGGAACCAGACGCCGUCCUCAACCUCUGGAGGGAACUCGUCCAAGUCAUCGAGAGCCAAUUGACAUUUCUGGUGACGGAAUCAGCAUACAGGUGCCAGCUAAUUUGGGCUCCAACAUACCCCGCUCUGACCAUUGCAUUUAUCACAACGUUUGCCAUUAGGGUAGCGCGGUGGCACCCUACGCUGAUCAACCGACGGCUAGUCCUGCAACGUGUCCGGCAGAUCCUCGAGUACCUCAAACAGCCGCCCUACCCGGACAUUCACAGGACAGUCCAGAUAUUCGUCAACUAUGCGGGAGCGCUUCUCGCGGAACAGGAUUUAUGCAACGACAGCAGUAAUCCGCAACCUGCAGCAGCACCGUUGAGGAACACAGAGAUUGAUAGCGAGUCCACAUCGGACUUCAACCUACGCGCAGGAUCGUCUUCUGAGAACCCAAUGAUCCCAGUGGAGAAGGAGGCGGAUCUGACCGCUUCUUCAGAGCCUAGGCCUGAGCCUGUCCUGCCCAGACUGCUAGGAUAUGAUAUCCCGAACUGGAACCUGACGGGGCCGAUAGCCGAUUCAUUCGACCUGUUCGAGGAAGGCCAAACGGACAUCUUUGACUUUCUGCCUGACUUGUGCCGGACCUGA